AUGAACGUUUCCAUCGAUAUCAAGGCACGUCUUAUUCAAGCUAUCACCUCCUUCAAUCAGGUCAAACACGUCCAUGCUCGCAUCCUACGAUUAGAUCUCCUCCAUGACAAUUACCUCCUCAACACCCUCCUAAAGUCCAGUUUCAAUCUCAACGACGACACAAAUUAUUCUCGACUCCUUUUCAACCAAAUCCAAGAACCCAACGAUUACGUCUGGAACACCCUCAUCCAUGGCCUUGUUUCCCGUGAUCACUUCAAAGAAUCCAUCAAAUGCUUUUACUCCAUGCGUCAAAAUGGUUUCUUACCCCAUUACUUCACUUUCCCUUUAGUCUUGAAAGCAUGCACCAGGGUUUUGGAUUUGAGAUUGGGUGUGGAGCUGCACACGAUCAUGGUGAAAGCUGGUUACGAUUAUGAUGCCUUUGUUAAAACCGGUUUGGUUUGUUUCUAUGCAAAGUGUGGGCGGUUGGAUGAUGCAUGCAAGGUGUUCGAUGAAAUGCCUGAGAAAAAUCCCGUUUCAUGGACUGCGAUUAUUAGUGGGUAUAUCGAGGAAAGAAGGUUCACAGAAGCCCUAGAUGUAUUCAAAAGAUUAUUAUCCAUGAAUUUGAGACCUGAUAGUUUUACCCUAGUCAAGAUUUUGUCAGCUUGUUCACAAUUAGGCGAUUUGAAAAACAUAGAAUGGUUAGAUGAAUGCAUAACCACACUUAAAAUAACCAAGAACAUCUUCUUGGGUACUGCAUUAGUGGACACUUAUGCAAAAUGUGGAAGCAUGGAGAAAGCUCAUGCUACAUUUGACCAAAUGCUUGAAAAAGAUGCAGUCACUUGGGGUGCAAUGAUCCAAGGCUAUGCUUCAAAUGGCAAACCAAAAGAAGCCCUAGACAUCUUUUACAAAAUGAAAAACAAUAACCUAAAACCCGAUUGCUACACAAUAGUUGGAGUUCUUUCCGCUUGUUCAAGCUUAGGAGCUCUUGAAUUAGGCGAAUGGGCACGUGGGUUAAUCGAUAACAACAUGUUUUUACACAACCCCAUUGUAGGCACAGCCCUAAUUGACAUGUAUGCAAAAUGUGGUAAAAUGAAUAGUGCUUUGAAAGUCUUCAAAGAAAUGAAAGAAAAAGAUGUUAUUGUAUGGAAUGCUGCAAUAUCGGGUCUUGGAAUGAGUGGUCAACCCAAGGUUAUAUCGAGUCUUUUUGGUCAAAUGUACAAAUUAGGGUUCCACCCAGAUGGAAAAACCUUCAUUGGUAUACUGUGUGGGUGUACACACGCGGGUCUUGUUGAUGAUGGGAGACGAUUCUUUUAUGAUAUGAAAUCUUUCUUUUCUUUAGAUCAUGAAAUUGAACAUUAUGGAUGCAUGGUUGAUCUUCUUGGAAGAUCCGGUUUACUAAACGAAGCUUAUGAUUUGAUCAAAAGUAUGCCAAUGGAGCCUAACGCGAUUGUUUGGGGAGCUUUAUUGAGUGGAUGUAGGUUACAUAAAGAUACCGAAUUAGCCGAACAUGUUUUGAAAAAGUUGAUUGAAUUAGAGCCUUUGAAUUCAGGAAACUAUGUGCUUUUGUCCAAUAUCUUUUCGGCUAAUCACAAAUGGGAAGAAUCUUUGAAUAUAAGAUCACAAAUGAGAGAAAAAGGGAUUUGGAAGAUUCCCGGAUGUUGUUGGAUAGAAGUAGAUGGUGUAGUUCAUGAGUUUCGUGUUGGGGAUACUUCUCAUCCGAUUUCGGAAAGAAUUUAUGGUAAACUUAGUGAGUUGAAUAGAGAAGUGAAGCAAAUGGGGUAUGUUGAAAGGACAGAAUUUGUGUUGUUUGAUGUUGAAGAUGAGGAAAAAGAGCAUUUUUUGGGGUGUCAUAGUGAGAAAUUGGCGAUUGCGUUUGGUUUGAUUAGUACAAAACCAGGUGAAGUGAUUCGCGUAGUGAAAAAUAUGCGUGUUUGUGGUGAUUGCCAUGUGGCGAUUAAGUUGUUUUCAAAAAUUACGGGUAGGGAGAUAAUUUUACGUGAUAAUAACCGAUUUCAUUCUUUUAUAGAUGGGUCGUGUUCAUGUGGAGAUUAUUGA